AUGGUUAUCCUACAUGUAAAAAGAGGUGAUGAAAACCAGUUCCUCUAUGAGACGACAGUGAAUAAUUCUGUUGAUGAUGUUGUUAGAGAUAUCACAGCUAUAUUCAAUGGGAGGUUGAAGGUAACGAGGAUUUGCUAUGAAAUGGAAGAAUUGCAGAAACACGGCACCUUCCUACCACCAGAAAUGCAGGGGUUGAAUGAUGAUCAGAUAAAGGAGCUUAAAUUAGAAGAUCCUUGGGCAAAGCGUUGUGCUCCCGUGGGAUAUAUUGAAGCCAAGGACGAAAUGUGUCGUAGGUGUGGCUUGGCACCUCCACCCAACCUUCAAGAAGUACUUAAGAAGGCUGCAGAGACAGCUAAAGAGAUCAUUAGCAAGAAACAUGUUGAUCUCCGUAAAUGCCUGACACAAAAAGACGUUUCUAGAGCACUCGAUGAGCUUCGAGGUGCAACUAAGAUAGUUUUCCCAGCCGGCCUUCCUCCACACGACCCCGUGCGAAUGGAACUUGAUAACGUUGAAGACCUGUCUGGAACCCAAGCCGCUAAUGAGGUGAUCGAUCCAUCGAGGGCAUGUCUUUGGACGUGCGGGAAAAAACUAUUGAGUGGCAAUCUGUUGAGUGAUCAUCUAGGUAAAAAUGAUAAAUCUAAAGUAACAGUCAAGCUUUGCUCGGUAUCCGAAGGUGCUCCGGGUCGUGAACCAGUACUUACAGAAGAAGAGAGAAAGCAGCUGAUGCUUCAAGCAUAUCGGAAGCAAGAAGAAUGGAAGAAAUUGGAACAAGACGAUGAUGAUAAUUACUUGAACUCAAAGUGGGCUGAUGGUCAAAAUUUAAAAAGACAAUUCCAUGGAUUGAAUAACAUUGAUUGGAAACCAGUGAUUAAGAAAUAA